AUGGAAACCUGGCAGCCCUCGGCAAGCGGGGCCGGCGAGCGCGCGCGCCGCCGCCGCCUACCGCCCGCGGCCCCCGACCGCCCCGCGCCGCGCGGGGGCGCGGACUCCGGCUGCGGCGCCUCCCCCACCCCGGCCCUCCCGCCCGCGUCUCCCGAGCUCCUCCCCUCCGCUCUCCGCCCCCCACCCGCCCCCGGUCCACGCUCUGUUGCGGGCUGUUCUCCCGGGUCUGGGCUCACAUCUCCCCUGCGCGCCUUUUGCCCCCCACCCCGCAGAUCCGCAGGCCUCUGGAGACCUUGGGUUGACGCCAGAGGCGACGGGGAGGAGGGGGCGAGGCACCACGCGGCGGAGGCGAUGCCGGAUGGCCCCGGGAUGACCGAAGCCGCAGGAAAGCUUUCCCAAUACAGACACCCAGUCAGACUAUUUUGGCCCAAAUCAAAGUGUUAUGAUUACUUAUAUCAAGAAGCAGAAGCUCUUCUGAAAAAUUUUCCAAUUCAAGCCACAAUUUCAUUUUAUGAAGAUUCUGAUAGUGAAGAUGAAAUUGAGGAGCUGAUCUGUGAAAAUUAA